AAGCUGCGUUUUGUGCGCGUCCUCCGCCCAGCUGCCUCGUGUCCCUGCGAGUCAGUCUCCUUUGAGCAGGCAACAGCAGAGCAAGAGGAGGGGAGCUUUCGUGUUUUCCCCCCAACUUUAUUUGUUAGUUUAUUUUCAAGAGACAGGCACCCAGCAGUGCGGAAUGGUUAAACUCCUCAUCCUGGGAACUCCAAACACAGGAAAGACAGCCUUGUGCGUCCGCUUCAUGACCAAGCGGUACAUUGGCGAAUAUGACCACAAGAAGGAAAUAACUUACAGAUGCUGCCGACUGGUAGAUCAGGAAGCUGUUGACCUUGAGAUCUUGGAUACAUCAUAUAAGGAGAGAUGGUCGCCUUCUCUGAAGGCAUCCGUCUGCUGGGCUGAUGGCUUCCUGUUGCUCUAUUCCAUCACACACCGCCAAAGUUUCCUGGAGGUCUCACGGCUCAAAAGACUCAUUGACCAAAGCAAACAGAGUCUGGCUAUCCCAACAGUGCUGGUAGCAAAUAAAGCAGACUUGGAAAUUGGCAGGGAGGUGACAACAGAGGAAGGACAGAGACUGGCCCAUGAUUUAAGGUGUGGUUUCAGAGAGCUGUCAGUGGCUGACUCUGCAUUAGCUGUGGAAGCAGCCGUGUUUCAGCUCAUCAGGCGAGUCCUGGAUCAGCAGCAGCCUCUGCCUUACCGCCGUUCCUACAUGCUGACCAUGCGCCAUGCUCUGACUACAAAACUGACCCGGUCUAAAACCAUGCAGUGGUGACCUUGACACAUUCAUUGCACUAUCAAGGAAUACUUGGGUCUGUAUUAAACCUAUAUGGAAACUACA